CUAGGACUCUGAAUGACCUUUGUGUUUGGUGCAAAGUUGUUCAAACUCACUUGUAAAAAAACUGAAAAAAAAGUUGAGCGUCAAUCCUUGUCAUUGUGCAUCCUGUUCCUAUGAAGGGGAAGUAUCAGCAUGGAGAGUGAGAACGUGAAACUGAACAGUCACAAGUAUGUCAUGGGUUGCUAUAAACAAACAGGAUGUCCAAAUAUUCACCACACUUUGUACUCUGUUGGACACCAAGGAGGUCAGAGGCUGAGAUGGAAAUCGAUCUGGAUUACAGUAUGGAUUUGGAUUAUUCUGACUUCUACAGCAAUUACUCUAACGACAAUGCAACAGCUGAAGAAGAAAUUCCCGAAACAACCCAAUCAACAUGUUUCACAGAUUCAACCUGCAUCACCCUUGUGGUGAUCAACACUGUCAUCUUCCUCUUGGGUGUCCUUGGAAAUGGAAUAGUAAUUUGGAUCGCUGGCUUCAAGAUGAAGAAGACAAUCAACACCACCUGGUAUCUGAGCCUGGCUGUGUCUGAUUUCCUAGUCUGUGCGAUUAACCCGUUUAACAUAGCCUUUGCGGCCAUGCAGAACUGGGUCUUUGGCCUCUUCCUGUGCAAGUUCACCUCCUUCACGAUGUUCGUGAAUAUGUUCAGCAGCAUCUUCCUGCUGGUCUUCAUCAGUGUGGACAGGUGCAUCGCUGUGGUGUUCCCUGUGUGGGCUCAGAACCACCGGACCACCAGAACCGCGUCCGUCGCGGUCACUGUGGCGUGGAUCUUCUCUGUGGUUCUAAGCAUCCCCUCCAUCGUAUUCAGAGACGUGCAAACUCAUAUGGGCAGAACCCACUGCUUCAACAGCUACACAACAGACCCGCAUAGCCACAUCACCAUCGCCGUCAGUCGCUUUGUCAGUGGCUUCGUUGUCCCUUUCAUCAUUAUCAUCGUGUGCUACUCUGUGAUCGCCCGUAGGCUGAUGAGCGGUCCCAUCAAGAGGUCCACCAAGCCUCUGAAGAUCAUGACGGCCCUCAUCGUCACCUUCUUCAUCUGCUGGCUGCCCUACCACGUCUUCAUCCUCCUGGAGCUGAACUCUAGCUUCUACGACAAGACGUCCAUCAAGCACGGACUGCAGUUCGGCACGCUGCUCGCACUCGCCAACAGCUGCCUCAACCCCGUGCUGUACGUGUUCAUGGGCAACGACUUCAGGAAGAAGUUCAGAAGCUCGCUGCUGUCCAAAAUGGAGAAUGCGAUGGGAGAGGAUAAUCGCACCACCAGCCGCUACUUGUCUCGUACCAGCUCAAUGGACGGGAGGGCUUCCACUCAUAUCUAAACAUCCACAGGUUCCAUUUUCUCACUUCAGCUCUUACAGGGCUACAGGGUGUCAUGAUAGCCAUUUCAGGAACCUUUCAGGUCACCUUCUCAGGAACAGAUGAGAAUCUGGCCUAGAUUGUCCUUGGAUGGAUAUCUAAAUGUUUCCUAUUCCCUAUACCCUCUUCAACUCUUACGGUUCCUUUACUCAUAGUCUACUGGACUGAUUACUGCUAGUUCUUGUUGCAUUGUAGUUAUUUUACGAAUGAUCAAUAACAGAUGAGAAUGUAUCCACAGAUGUCCACAGGUUCCCAGUCUCUCUUCAACAUUUACUGUUACUUUACUCACAGUCUACAAAGAUGGUUACUGCUAGGGUUUAGUAUGUUUGCGUUAUACUCUUUUUACACAUUCUCAGUAUUGGAUGUAUGUAUGGCUUUAAGGAACAAACCCAACCAGGGGUGUCUUGCUUGAACUGAGGGAGAUGACAGGACAUGAUAACUCAUUACAUGAAAUUACAGUAUAUCUCUGUACAUUAUUCUUUACGCGAACUAAACAGUGUUUUUAUCUGAACUGUAUGCAUUACAAAUGUUUUGCUUUUUUUUGGAGGGGGUGCUGUAUACCUUUGAAUAUUUUCAUAAUGAAAAGCAUUAGUUAGAAUAUCAGUCAAUCAAAAAAUGUCCUGUAUUUACAAAGUGUGACUGCACAUGUGUGCAGUGUGUGUAGGUGCCGGUGUCUCUGUCUGUUAUCCAGGCCUCUACUUUCAAUGUUUUCUACUGAUUCACAGUACUUGUUACAGUACAGAAUGUUGUAAACAUGUUCAGAUAUAAGUUUUAAAGUAAAAUCGUAUAAAAACAAUGCAAUCAAAACAUAAUAAAGAUGAAUCAGAUAUCAUAUCAAAUUUUCAUAAUUCACGACACCUUGCAUCUUUUGUUGUGGUUAUAUCCAUAGACUAUUCUAUGUGGGCAUUCUCUGACUGAUUAAAGCAUUGAACAAUGGUGA